AUGUAUAAUACUGCCCUAUACUCCCUGCUGUGGUCCGCUUUAGCGACAUCUUCCAACGCCUUGCCUGGACCUGUUGGUCCCAAAGCUCAGCACAAAGGACCAUGCCCCGGAAACACACCGUCUACUCGAGAUCAAUGGUGUGGAUAUGACAUACACAGCGAUUACUACUCGGUUGUUCCUGAUACGGGUGUGACAAGAGAGUACUGGCUUGAAAUCAGUGAGAUCACCUUUGCUCCUGAUGGAGUUGAGAGAUUCGCCCAAGCUAUCAAUGGGUCAAUACCAGGUCCAACAAUGUUUGCUGAUUGGGGCGACAACGUCAUCGUCCAUUUGACAAGCAACCUCAAAACGUCCACCAAUGGUUCAUCUUUCCACUUCCACGGCACUCAUCAAAACUACACAAACCCUCAAGAUGGUGUCGUGGCCAUCACGCAAUGUCCAACUGCCCCUGGCCACUCGAUAACAUACAAAUGGCGAGCUACCCAAUAUGGCACCUCAUGGUAUCAUUCGCACUUUGGUCUUCAGACUUAUGACGGUGUCUAUGGUGGCUUGAUCAUCCGUGGACCAGCAAGCGCCAACUACGAUGAGGAUGUUGGAACUAUCAUGCUCAGCGAUUGGUCACACAAAACUGUGAAUCAAAUCCUUCCUCAAGUUCAGAGGGAAGGUCCCGCUUUGAUGGAUAAUGUCCUCAUCAACGGUACCAACGUGUAUGGAAAAGAAGGCGAAAAGAACCAGACUGGCAAGAGAUUCAAAUUGAACUUUGAAGAGGGCAAGACAUAUCGUCUACGUCUCGUCAACACCGGUAUCGAUACUCUAUAUAAGUUCUCUAUCGACCACCACACACUAAAGGUCAUCGCCGUGGACUUUGUUUCCAUCGAGCCAUACGAGACCGACCACGUCAACCUCGCCAUUGGUGAACGUAUGGAUAUACUAGUCAGUGCCAACCAGGCCUUGAAAGCAUCCUCCUUUUGGCUCCGUGCCAUCCCUCAGCUCGACUGCACCAGAAACGCCAAUCCUGAGAAUGCCCUUGGUAUUGUAUCUUACUCAUCCAACAGCUCAACGCCUACUACCAAGGGAUUGAAGUAUGAGGACCACUGCCAAGAUGAGCCUUUCGAAAGCUUAGUCCCUGUAGUUCCGCGUAACGUUGGGCCUCCAGACAUGGAAGUCGUUGAGAACGCCAACCGCUCCUGGAACUCAGACGGCAUCAUCAAGUGGUCACUCAAUAGCACUACCAUGAUCGCUGAAUGGGAUCACCCUUCUCUUCUCAAACUUGGCACAAACACCUCAUUCACCGAGUCCAAUGCAGUCAUCCGUGUCCCGAAGAAGGAUGCCUGGGUUUACCUUGCCAUUGAGACGGAGUUAGACAUUUCCCACCCAAUUCACCUCCAUGGCUUCGAUUAUCAGAUUCUAGCUCAGGGCACUGGGCCGUACGGGCCCAAUGUCACACUCAAAACAGACAAUCCACCACGCCGUGACACUGCCCUCCUGCCCGCCAAGGGACAUUUAGUCAUUGCUUUCCUGACCGACAACCCUGGCGUGUGGCUCAUGCAUUGCCAUAUAGGAUGGCACGCCGCUGAGGGCUUUUCGCUACAGUUUGUGGUACGGGAGGAUGAAAUCCCCGACCUAAUAUCGGAACAAGAACACAAGGACAUUGAGGAGGGGUGCAAGGCAUGGCAUGAUUUCUCUCAUACGAUGAAGAUGGACCAAGACGAUUCAGGAAUUUAA